UUGCUGAUCUGUCUCAUGUUUCUUUUCUUCAUCUUCUCUUCUUGCUUUUAUAUUUCACAGAGCUUGAUCGAAAAGAAAUCGAUGUAACUACCGUUCCGGACAAAGAGCACGUAAUUAUCCACGAGCCCCGAUCCAAGGUUGAUCUUACUAAGUAUCUCGAGAAUCAGCAGUUUAGAUUCGACUAUGCUUUUGAUGAAAUGGUCGAAAAUGAUCUGGUAUAUCGGUACACGGCCCAGCCUCUAGUCGAAUCCAUUUUCGAGAAAGGCAUGGCGACUUGCUUUGCUUAUGGUCAGACUGGAUCCGGCAAAACACACACCAUGGGAGGUGAAUUUCAAAGGCGUGGUAUUCAGGAUUGUUCUAAUGGCAUUUACGCCCUUGCAGGUGAUCUCAAUUUGUUUAUCCUCAAAAAAAUAAUAUUAUCUACAUUUUUACUUAAUAUUGUACUUAGUUAUCUAGGAUGUAUCAUAAAUAACAUAUUUACCUAA